AUGAGUAAGGGUGCUUGGUCAAAAAGGAGAUCAGCACAUGGGUUUGCUUGGUUUUGGUGGUUUGGCUGCGAUAUGGUUUUAACAAAGAUGCACGACGUUGGAUAUUUUAUAAGGUGCUGGGCUGGGCUGUUUUGUUUCCAGCGGCUUGUGAGUUUGCUUCCAGCUGCUGGAGGUUUUGGUUGA